AUGAAACUAAAGGUGCACCUAUGGUAUUCCCCUAUUUGGAUCAUAGCCCUUCGGCUCCAUAUCGUUUUAUCCCAGACCAACCGAUCUCUGCGUCCCUCUACUACAACUAUGAGGAGGUUUAGUACACAAAAUAGGUAUGCAGAACCAGAAAGCAGAUCGAAAGACAAUCAGAACAACGAGAAUGAGGACUCUUUGGGUCCAAUCACAUAUUUAGCCCAUGUUUUUACUGGAUUCGUGGUCUCAGACUCCAAGAAAGUUCCCCAAGGAUAUAUAUCCAAGGAGGGCAAUGACAUUGGAUCCAAGGUACGGGAGGACGACUGGAAGGAGUACUUGGCAUCCCAGACGGGCCUGAUGAUAUUGGUCUUUCUACUUAUUCUUCUGUUUCUGCUGAUGCCCAUCUUUGGGCUAAUCUAUGCCUGCUGCUGUGCGCGCUGUCCGAAGAACCAAAGGUCCACUAAGGGCAUGCGCUACUGCUGUGGCAUUCUAUUGGCCCUUUUGGCAUUGCUGAUGCUUUUAUUUCUAAUUCUUGCCAUAAUGGCGGCCACUCAGCUGAAUAAAAACUUGAAGAACCUUAAGGCGACCGGUUGUUAUCCCAGCAAGACCAGGAAAUCAAAUGAGGACUAUAUAUUCGAAAAAGCAUCCGACCGUAUGCGUCAUCUGUAUAUCAUUAACUACGAUCAGAUAGUAAAAAGGAUCCAGAGUAAUCUCAACCACGAGCCCGCUAUUAAAAAUCCCAAUAGGGAGCCGGAAGUCCUUGCCAAAACCAUUGAGAAGCUGAGCGUGGUAUUGAAGGAAAUGCGAAGGAUCACGCCAGUUAUACAAAGGAUCAAGAUUGAGUUGCUCAAUGCCCGAGAUUUGGCCACUCAGUUUCGGGAUGCGUUACGUGGCGUCAAACGCGAUCUCAUGGUGUUUCUAACAUCGGACUGCACGCAAGAGGAGUGCCAAGACUUCUACCGUGCGAAUGAGAUCAAUAUGCUCGACAUGGGUUGCUUGCAUUACGAUAGUCUACCAGACCUUGAAUCACUCCGUGCAUCUGUUCAGGAUGUGAUAGACAGCAAGUUUAUAAGCUAUCCCAUUCGAGCAGUGAAGCAACUGCGACAGGUUUCCAGGGUGCUAAAAGAUCGCAUGAGUGACACAUUAGAAUCUAUCAAGAAGGACCUGAACAAAGGAGCAAAGGAGCUAGAGAAGAGGUACGAAGCGUCUUUGAAAGUCUUGAAACGCGUGGUUGAGGAGAUGAAAAAUGACAUGCCGGCGGUGGUCAAGCCAAAUCGUGGAACUAGAUCUACGCCAGUUGCUGCAUUGCGUAGAAAGCUGGGAUCCUCGUGGUUCGGAACUACGUUGGGCUUCAUUGUGCCAUUAAUGCUGGUGCCCCUUAUUCUGCUCAUUGGUCUGCUGAUUGCUUUGUUCAAUCCGAAAGUAGGCAGUUGGCUGCUCUGCGCCGUCCUGGUUGUUCUUUUCAUCCUGUUCUCGGUUGGAUUCAUACUGGCGCUCUUCUAUCUGCUGCAUGGCGCUUUAAUGUAUCACGCCUUUUGCUCCAGGAAAACCCCACAGCCGGUAGACAACAAAUCUAUUAAUCCCAAUGAGUUUCUCCCAGAAAACGUAACCAUCUAUCGAUCCAUGGCCAUGCUAAGAACCGCGGAAAUUCUGCAGAGCUGUGUUCGCAACGAAAGUUUGUACAAUGUACUGGGUCUCAAGAAGAUCUAUAAUCCGUAUGGUUUUCGGGAUGAUGUGAUGGAGGACGUACUCAAGUCCCUGGAGAAAAUGGAGAACACAGCAUUGCCCGGCGGACUUGAAGAGAUUCAUCCCGAGGCAGACGAAGCUGCCAAACAGCUAUUGAGCGGAAACCUAUCUAAAUAUGACAUAAAGGACUACACAAGACACAUUUGUCUCCAACUGGUUCCAGAACCAAAACCAGGUCCUGUGAACGCGUUGAGCAGAAAACUGGAAAGCCUGGCGAACAAGAUGACGCCGGGAGUCGCUCUGAAAAAUCAGGCAAUUUAUCUGCGAGCCUAUCAGAAACACCUGGGUGUACCCUUGCAAACGAUUGUCCAGCGACUGAUAAAUAGGCUGAAGCAAAUGGAUCGCCUCAUAUCAGGUGGCUACGGUAGCUUUAGCAGGUACCUCCAUCAUCUGCUGGACAAGAUUAAGCUGGGCGACGACUUCUUGCGACAAGAUAACAAAAAGUUAACCGACGGGGUGGCCCGCAAUAUCAGUAAAUUGGUGAAAUCCGGCCUCAAUGAUUACGUUCGAAUGGUCGACGAGCCCAUCAAAGGGGACACGGAGAGCUGUGAGCCCCUCACCCGAGAGGAGGAUGCAGUCAUGGUUGAGUACGCCGACCUGUGCAAGCGGAUUGUUAAGCCAAUGAAUGCCAUAUGGUUCUGGCUUUUAGUGUUUUCCAUGCUUUUCCUGCCCGCCAUUACCUGCACCCACUUUUUAAGAUGUUUUCUGAAAUCUUUAAAUAAUUAUUCGGAGGCACCACGAGUUUCCUUUGCAGAGGGCAACUUUGUGGCCCCUGGUAUAUUGCCCGGUGCUUUGCCACAAUGUCAAUGCUACAGGUACCUACCCGUUGCAGCGGAGUCAAGUGUUGACUAUUUGGAGGGCACGGAAGACUACUACUAUGAGGAUCAAGCGAAGCGCAAGAGGGAGUGA